AUGCCAUCUGUUGUUCUGUUGUCAUUGUUCGGGUUCUCUUCACAGCCAGACCGCUUGAUUGUUUUUGACCGGGAAGGCUUUACCUUUGAGAGGCAGAGAAGGAGGUUGCAGCCACCAUUGGAGCUGUACACCGCAGCAGCUGUGGAGGACAGCUUGAACUUGAGAGGAGCAAUGGAACUUUCUAAAGGGAAAGGGAAGGCCAUCUAUGUAGCCAAGGGAAAGAAAUUAAUGCUGGAUGGUGAUUUGGAGAAGACUGUUACGUUUCUUCGAGAAAAGAAUGUUGGCGUAGUGAUCCGUGAUGAGCGAGAAUUGAAUCAGAUUCGCAUGCAUGGGGAAAAGGCAAAGGAAAAGCCAAUUUGUGGAGGUAAAGAAAAUGCUGCACCUAAAGUGGCACCUAAUGAUAAUGUUAGAUCAAAGGCCCAAUGCUUACGACGUGAACGAGAGAGAGCAAGAGACAACAUUCAACCAAGGCAGCCCACAUCCUUUUCGUCUUUAACACCAAGUCGUCGCCGACGUGCAUGCCUAGAAGAUGGCAUGUCUAUAGAAAUUCCUACAACUUCACCAAAGCGAGCAAUGGUUUCACAUGCCUUCCAGUUAUCAUCAGUUGUGAUAUCAGAAGAGAAAGGUAGACUAAAGAAGGAUGAGGAAGAGGACAAAGAAAAGUGGAAAAGAAAGUGUGAGCAUGAGGAGCAGUGGGUGCCUUCAAGAAGCUAUCAUACUGCAGUGGGCAUGAAGGGCGGUAUCAUGGCAAACUUUGCGGCCAAAGUUCUAGGCUUAGAUAGUGAACGUGAAGAAGACAGUGCGCUAACUGGGGUGUAUGUUUAA